GGAAUACAUUCAAAGUAAUAUUAUUUUCAGAGGGUUAUGAGGUGUUUUGAUUUCUUGAUAACACCAUCAAGCACAGUCAGUUAUGUAAACAUAUUUAAUGAUGGUGAUGGAACUUGCACGAUAAUUGGUAUUAUUUACAUGAGUCUGCACCACACCAAAUAAUGACGCAACCGCCAUAGAACUAUAUAUUAUAUGUUUCACAUUCUUAUGUCAAAUUAAACUUGGGAAAGCAGCCUUCUUAGGUCAAGGUUAACACACGUGGGUCUCAGUAUAAUUCUUUUUCAAAUGCUUUAUUGCAAUAAUGAAGGAACAAUAACAUGUGAUUAUAUUUUCUUUGAUAUUUGAUUGACAUUCUUCACAACAAUUUAGUAAUGUUUUUAUUGCAUGUUGAUUAAGUACAUGUUGCCAAUAUGCGCAAUGAAUGCUUUAUAUGGGUAUUGCAAAUUUAAGUUUACUCAAUAGGCCUAAUUGGAUACAGAAUUUGUUGCAAUACUAUUUUAGCAUUAAUCUUUUUCAAAAUGCCUAAAUAUUCAACGGCGUGUUUAUACACAAGUUCAAAAUGCGCACAGUUCAAGACAAGGGUGAGGAUUUGAUAUGCCUGCCUUCAUUUAUGUUCAGCAACUAACUUGGCCUGUUGCAGAUAAUUUCAAUGCAUUUGCGCACACUGGUCAAUAGACCUACAUAAACUUGUACUAUAUCUGUAGGCUAAUGUAGGCUUAUUAUAAAAUAUGUAAUACAUAUUUUUUUUGUUUCAAUUACAGUCUUGGCAUUUUCAGUUUGUUUAUGUAAUUAAUAGGCAAGUGAAAAUGUGCAUUCAUCAACAAGACAUAUGUUACCCGUCAGGUUUAUAAGUGCUCCCUAUAUGGUUGGAAGACAGACGAUACGCAUGGAUAGUGGAAAUGGCCCAGUGACAGUUAUGGAUGAGAGUCCCACGUCUAGCCCCAGCUCCAGCCCCAGUCCUGACAUGCUGACCAUCGACAGUCGGCGUCCGGAGGCCCUGCAGCACUCCAGGGUGGUCCAGGCCGGUGGGCUCGGUGGCAGAGGGCGACCGGCAGCAGCCAACGCAGCACGGGAGAGGAGUCGAGUGCAGACCCUGAGAAGCGCAUUCCUGGAGCUACAGAGGACUCUUCCGUCGGUGCCACCGGACACAAAACUGUCCAAGCUCGACGUGUUGAUUUUGGCCACCACGUAUAUUGCCCAUCUGACUCGGACCUUGCAAGAGGAGGGGAUGGAGGAGGGAGAGAGCAAUAGACAAACAGAGGCCUUACACUCGCUGAAAGGUGAAGGUUACCUGCACCCUGUGAAAAAGUGGCCAAUGCGAUCCAGGUUAUACGUCGGCGCCAGCGGUCAGUUUCUGAACAAUUCAAAACCGACAGAAAAUCAAGGCGCAUCAUCGUCGACCUCGCAGACAUAAAUCUAUCCACGGCAUAAGGGACUUCUAAUUCAGACGACCAUUAAUUAGUAAGACUCUUUCAGCUAAAUCCACCAAUGAGGACUUAUGAAAUGGACAGCAGAUUCGUCAUCUGACAGUGCUUAUUAUUUUUUAUUUAUCAAACAACUGAAGUCUCUGCUUUCGACUUCAGUAUUUUCAUGUAAAGGAGACAGUCACGACUCUUUCAAUAGUAGAAACACAUUGUAAAUUAAUAUAUUAUGUGAUUAUGUAUAUAAAAUCUGAGAAAGCCUGAAUAUUGUUGCUCUUAUUUUGGCCAUGCUGUGUUUCUGCUCUGCUGUUCUGUGCCUGUUGGAGAUAUUAACGUGUGUAUGUGUACUUUUUAGAAAUUCCGUGUCUGGUGAAAUGAACAUUUGCACUAAAUGCAUGUGUGAAUAACUUAACAUCUGUCAUGUGAAGUGAUCUGUCAGAAUCUCAACAGUGGUAGGAGCCUCUUCAUCUUCAUCAGUGUUUUGAUAAUGACUUGAGGAAUAGAAAUAAGACAUGUCUCCCAUUCCAUCGGUUGUAAAUAAGUUUACUGAGAUGUAUUUGUUCUAAGUGGCCUAAAUAAUCAUGUUCUGUCAUUUAAGUCCAGUUUUAUCUCUUAACAAUCAAGAGGGAUUCCAUUUGAUUAUUUGCAUGAAAAGGGAAUUAUGAGUUGACAUUCAUUUUUUGCAGUCAGAUAUAUAUUUUACACAAAUGCACAAUUUUGCAACCACAACAAACUCCUAAUUACAAUACAUGUUAAUGCAUUUCAAGGCACAUAUUGUGGAAUGGGCCCUAAGUCUAUUCAAAAUGGUAGUGACUCUUUCAGUGUGGUGUAUAGUGUGUCCAGAUACCGAAUUCAAAACAAUGGGAACUGGGAACGCGGAAAUCUCUGAAUUCCGACUUCAGUGUGUUCAAAACAACUGGGAACUCGGAAAAAAACUAGCUCUGACUGGGAAAUCGAUUUGAACGUCAUCCAAUUCCGAAUUCCAACUCGGGAGGUCGGGCCUUUUCUAGAGCUCGGACUUCCCGAGCUGAAGAUCACUGAAGUCAUGAUUUGACCUCCCAGUUGUUUUCAACUCGGCAAGAGGCCACUUCUAUUAAAGGGAAUGUUCGGGAUUUGGGCAAUUAAUUUUAAAAAAUGUAUCUACUUCCCGAGAGUCAGAUGAACUGGAUAUAAUUUGUAUGUCUCUGUGUUCAGUUUUAAGUAAGCCUCAUUGCCAAAAUCCCAAACUAUCCCGUUAAACCAAAGCAUAACUUUUGAGAAUUUUAGCUUUAUGAAGUUGAUAUCGAAUGUUCAGAGAUCAAUUUAGAAAGUGCACUUUUAUGUAGGCUACUCAGACACUGUUACACUUCUGAAAUGUGCAAAUUGGAAACUUAGCACAAUAUUCAAAAGAAAAACUGAUAGUUAUGGGUUUAAAGGCCCAGUGGAGUAAAACAAUUGAUUUCCCUGUGUUUCAUAUACAAUCAGUAGCCAGUUUAUUAGGUACACUCAUCUAUACUGAACAAAAAUAUAAACACAACAAAGUGUUGGCCCCAUGUUUCAUGAGCUGAAAUAAAAGAUCCCAGAAAAUGUCCAUUCCUAUCAAAUUUUGUGCACCAAUUUGUUUACAUCCCUGUUAGUGAGCAUUUCUCUUUUGCCAAGAUAAGCUAUUCACCUGACAGGUGUGACAUAUCAAGAAGCUGAUUAAACAGC